AUGGGUGGUAAAGGAUCAAAAAAACAACGAGCAUCUACUGAACUUACACCUAAAGAAAUUGAUAUGCUUAAAGCUAAUACUAAAUUUACUGAAAAGGAAAUUCGAGAAUGGCAUGCUGGAUUUUUGCGUGAUUGUCCAACUGGUAAACUUGAUAAAAAGAAAUUUGUCGAUGUUUAUAAACAAUUCUACCCGCAUGGAAAAGCUGAUUCUUUUUGCAAAUAUGCAUUUGCUACUUUUGAUACUAAUAAUGAUGGUACAAUUGAUUUUGAUGAAUUUCUUUUGGCUAUUGCUGCAACAAGUCAAGGCGAUUUAGAUGAUCGACUUGAAGUUGCAUUUGAAAUGUAUGAUGUUUCGGGUGAUGGACAAAUCGAUCAGAAAGAAUUGACUAAUUUAAUUGCAGCUAUGUAUGAUCUUGUUGGCGAAACUGAUCGUAAAGGUGAUCGUGAUCCAAAGAAACGUGCAGCUGAAAUUAUUACUAAACUUGAUGUUGGUGGUGAUAAGAAAUUAAGCAAACAAGAAUUUAUUGCUGGAUGUAAAAAUGAUCCAGUUAUUCGUCGUAUGCUUGCACCCAAUGUUUAG